UAGCAAAUAACUAUAUAUCUGUUAGAAACAAUCAGGUUAAUUAUAAAGAACCAGCCAGAGAUCAAGGACCAGAUCUUCUUCAUUUAGUUUUACUAAAAAUCGCUACUGCCUUCAAAGAAGCGACUGUUGAAGUUGCUGCCACCUUCAGACUACUAGCUUGA